AUGCCGGCGGCAGAGGGGAAGUGGCCCUGGCAGGCGAGCCUGCAGAUCAAUGGUGUACACCUAUGCGGCGGGACCCUCAUUGCCCCUCAGUGGGUGCUGACAGCUGCCCACUGCAUAUUUGGCCAUUUGGACUACACGGUGAAGCUGGGAGACACAAAUUUGCAUCAUAAAUCCAGAACGGCGGUCGUGGUCCCAGUUCGGGGCAUUAUUUCCUAUGAGUACUUUAAUGUUAGAUCUUUGAGUCAUGACAUUGCUCUCAUUCUGCUCGAAUUCCCUGUGAACUACUCCUCGCACAUCCAGCCUGUGUGCCUCCCUGAAAAAUCUUUCCAGGUGGAAAGUGAUAAGGAAUGCUGGGUGACUGGAUGGGGCCGACUGGGAGAAGAAGGAUCAAGGCCGAUUGACCUUCAAGAGGCUCAGCAAAACAUUGUUCACUUUAAGAAAUGUAAUGAGAUGUUCCAGACAAAGUUAAGAACAAUUAGAACCUUGGUGCGCAAAGGAAUGAUCUGUGGCUAUCACGAAAAGGGAAAAAACCCCUGCUGGGGAGAUUCUGGGGGCCCCAUGGUCUGUGAAUUUAACAAGACGUGGAUCCAGGUGGGGAUUGUGAGCUGGAGCAUUGGCUGUGGUUAUAAACGCUAUCCUGGAGUUUACACGGAGGUUGCCGAAUACAGAGAUUGGGUCAAUGGUGUCUUAAAACAGGCUUCCUGCCUUGUUUCUGGUGGGCUUUGCAUCACAUGCCUGUUUCUGGUGCUGUCCCUGGGCAUCCUGGUGACCCUGUGACCACCCUGCCCACUCCCCUCCUGGUUCUAAUUCUUGCAGCAAGCUUCUCCUCCAACCUCCCACUCUUUCUCACUGCCCUUUCCUCAAAUUCUGGUUAGGAUCACUGACCCUGUGGAGAGCCACACAAUAGAGGAUGGCAGCGAGGCUGGAUCCCAGAACAUGUCCUGGCCCAGUGCACCUGCCACCCGCCUCAGUCACAGUAAAGCUUUGGCUGUGCUCCUGGAGUCUUCACUGUGCUCUGCCUGCUGGGAAGGAGAAGGGUGAAAGAUCCCCGCUAGAGGGCCAGCUGACCUGCCAGUGGAACUUAAUGAUUCAUCAACAUUUUGGAGAACAUCUACCAAAAAAAGAGAGAGUGAAGGUGUCUCCAUGUCCCUGCUGAGGUUUCCAUGUUGGACUCAGCUGUCUGGGGCUGGGAGAAGUUCCCCUGCACCCCGGUGUGGAUCCAUCUUGAACAGACAGCCCCUGCCACACACACCCUCCUGAGGCAACCCAGUCUUGGAACCCCCUUCCUCAGUGCCCUAGUGGCCACAUCCAGAGACACCCAGUUGUGCUGAGGCAUUAUGGAGUCCUGAG